UUGCUGUAUCGUUUAACAGUUACUACGAGUACAAAAAAUCAAUACGAGAAUUUGUCUCCAAUCCUUACGGUUUUGAACAAGAGUGCCCGUAGCUGCCGAGCUCACCGCAAGUAUCUCCGCCAAGAAGUAUUGCCACCAUUGCGCGAUGUGUCGCGACCACCGGAAAAGGGUUCCACGCUGCGAAAUCAAUUGUGUAGAUUGCUGACAACUCCAGUUACAUCAAUCAGAGAUUUAGUUGCAGAGUUCUUAUUUAUUUUAUGCAAAGAGAAAGUUGGGCGUAUGGUGAAAUACACGGGCUUUGGAAAUGCGGCGGGACAUCUGGCUCAGAAGGGCCUAUUAGCCGGAGGCCGGGGGAAUGUUGAGUACUCGUCUAGCAGCGAGGAUUCCGAUACCGAGGAGUAUUUGGAGGCUCAACCACAUAUUGACCCCGUAGUCGGGUGCACUCGACCGCCCCGCAUCAAUCCAUUUGAAGGCAUGACGGAGGAACAGAAAGAAUAUGAGGCGAUGAAGCUAGUGAACUUAUUCGACAAAAUGGUGUCUAAAGGAGUUGUAAAACCAGCUAGGGUGGGUGCAGAUGGUCGGCCGCAGCCCGUAGAACACGUGCUAGAGAUGCGAGAACAUCCACCGAAUAGACCACAGUCGUAA